ACACAGUCCUUCGUCUGUUCAUCAUUGUAGUGCAUGACCAAACAACUGUUUGUUUUUUGUUUGUUUGUUUUUAUUUAACCAGGAUCUCUGUUAGUGAAGCCUCUUAAGCAACGAUGAUUGUGGCGAAACAGUAGCUUCGCAGUCGGGUUAAGCAAUAAAUGUCUACACGUAGAAAAAAUAUAUAUCAUAAUCACCUUUAUAUCGUCUAACGCCAGAAACUACCGUUAUAAACAGCAGACGAUAGUUUAUAAACUUUUUACAUUUAUCUAUGGACGUCAAUAGAUAUAAACCUCAAAUCCCAUGAGCCAUUGGAACAUAACGUUCACUCAGGCCUCGCCCACUACACGCUACGCUAUGUCUACGCUGUGUUGUUCACGUGACAGACUCUGGCCAAUGAGGAGUGUCGUUACAGGCGCAAUGCGGUUGUCUGGAUGUAAGGAGGAAUGGCGACGGUUGAGACAGUUUUAGAGGCAAACAGAAGCCGAGCACAGUUGUUGUCUCAUUCAGUCUCUGCUAGACUGUAAGCUCUACAAUGAAGACUGAAGUCACUGGGACUUUGUCAACCAGUUUGGUCCCGUCUCCAACGCCACAGUCCCUGACCGGUCCAGCUAAUCUAGUGGCAAAGACACAGCGAGACAACAGGAAGAUUUCUUCCGCCACCCCUGCUUUCCUCUCCAACCUUGGGAGAGCGACACUUCGUGGCAUUCGUAAGUGUCCUCAGUGCGGUGUCUAUAAUGGCACCCGUGGUCUCAGCUGCAAGAACAAGGCCUGUGGAGUGUCCCUCAGAAAUGCCUCAGCAGCAGGUGGAAAAAGAAAAAAAUGUGCCGUGGAGGUGGUAAAAGUAAUAAUAGACAGUGAGGACAUUGGGGAGAAAGAGCAGGAGGAGGAAGGUGGAGGAGGAGAGGGAGGAGUUCUGGAAGGUGGCCCAGGUGGAGGAAUUCAGGUGUUUUCAGUUUGUCACAGAGGGAGAGGGUCCACAGGUACACAGAUGGGCUUCGUGGAACUGGUUCCAACGGACACUGCUAUCGCUACUGGCGAUGGUGCUACCCUUCUCACACGCAUCAACCUCGGACGCUGUUUUUUGCCCUCCUGCAGACAGGGUCAGAGGUCGAAUCAAGGGGAGCCCGAAUCAGCGGUGAACAGCUCCAAACAGUCUUCUGACAGCCUGUGUGUUCACAUUAGACAAGCUAUAGAGUGUGAAAACAGCGCAACACCACUCACCCUGAAGAGCUCCGUCCUGGAGGGUCUGCAGAUCUCCAUCCAGGCCAGGGAGGAGCUGUGGAGGCUGGCCACAGAGUCUCCAGGGCCUCUGGUGCAGCGCAUUUCAAACAACACGCUGGUGGUGAAGUGCCACACGGAUUCCCAGCAUCCUCUGGGCCUGCUUCAUCUCACUGUGGGCGCAGGUGGACUGUGUGAAGUUUCACAGAGUGAGAAAAAGGGCAAAGAGAAGCAGCAGCAGAGUGUUUUCCACUGUGCCUGCCAGACCAACAGCAGCAACAAAAGAAGCAAAGCAGGUGCUGAUGGAGCAGGCGGAGCCACCGCCCUUCAGUCUGCCUCCACCUCACUGCAACCAUGUCUCCACUUCUACGCCUGUGUGUGUGCCUUCGCAAGUGAUGAGAAGUUGGCUGCUGAGUUCGCUCCUUUCAUCAGCUACACACCCAGUGGUGUUCAGCUGACUGUUACCAGUGAGAAGUUUCUGCAAACUGAAGCGUCCAGCUCUCUACAUAAAGGAAAGAAAUUCCGACUGGACGAAUCUCUCCCUGCCGGUUCACAGGCAAUGUACGAGCGUACGGUGACGUUAGACUUCCAGCAGUGGUUGGCCGGUGUGACAGAGAGGAUUCACCAGACAAUGCACUAUCAGUCUGACGGGAAGCCCCAGUCUCUGGUGUACCACAUUCCUCAAGAGUUCUUCAACGCUCUGCAGCAUCGUCUGUCCCUUGGAUCGAAGAAGAGGAGGCUGCCGAACUUCACAACAGCGUUUGUAAGGAAAGAUGGACUUCCCCUGGGCACGUUCUCCAAGUACACCUGGCACAUCACUAAUGUCAUGCAGGUCAAACGCAUAUUUGACACUCCAGAGGUGCCGCUUGAGCUGCAUCAGAGUUUUGUGAAAAACACUGAUGGCUCUUAUUCACGUUUUCAGUGUCCCGAGCCUCAGAUUGAACCAGAAGGAAACAGAAGCGAUCGUCCUCAGGCCAUUCGGCCCAUGGAGCUCCGCACUUUCCUCAAAGUCGGACCAGGCACUGCUGAGCAGAAUGAGGCCGGUCCCUUUGUGAUUGAGUGGAUCCCUGACCUGCUGCCUCGCUGUCAGAUGGGAGAGCUGAGGAUUACCUUUGAAUUUGGCCACGAGAGGGGCGGUCGGUCGGACCCCUGCGAGAAGACGAAUGGAACUGAGAAAGUGGGUCGUAAAAAGUCGGACUCCAACCAGUCCAAACCCGUGAAGACUGUUGAAAUCCUGACUGUGGUGGUCUGAGACAUGCUCCAGUCUGGACCCUCACUUUGUUUUUUUAGCCAGAUAACGUACAGAAUAAUAUCCUAUAACCAAUGGCACACAAAUAUAGGCCAAAAUAUAUAAAACCAUCUCCACCCAUAAUGUACUAUUUAUUGUUUCUUAAUAUCUAAUAUGGAAAAAAAAUUCUCAAUCUACAGCUCUGUCCAAAACAGCAGUGAAUUAGCAUUUGUUUAAUCGGUGUGUAGCUGUCGUUUAGUUAGAGGCAGCUCAAAGGUUCAUAUUUAACAGAGAUCGUUGUAUUUUGUCCUAAGAUUUUAAAAAAAAACUUACAUUAAAUACUUAUUCAUAAUGUCCUACCACUUCCCAGGGUCACAGAGGGGCUGCAGCCAAACCCAGCAGUCAUUAGAUGGGCCUAGCUAUACUAAAGGCAACCAGCAGAUGGAGGCAUAACCCCGCCUUUAAAGAGCUGGUCCUACUCGUGUUCCCUGGCAAACAAGUAUUCAUGAAAAUGGUUUAUAAAGAAACUUUAUUCAACCAGUUGACGGUUAGAAUAUUCUCUGCUGAUUUCAUUGGUACAACGUGAACUGCAGUUUGUCAAAGCGUUCCAUCAUUUUUUUCUGGACCAGUCUUUCAUCCCUCUGGGCAUAAACACUAAAAAUAUCACGCAUGUUUCCAAAAAGUGUCCAAAAUGUUCAUGAAUAAUUGAGAUUCCAAUUUAAUACCAGGAGAACGUCCCACCGAAUGACAUGCACGCCACAAAAUAGCAGCUUCCACACUGUGUCUCUUCAUACGGGGUGUAGGCGUAUGAGAACAGUGCAGGCCCCCGGCCCUGGUUCCUCCCUCACAGGCCCCCAGGACAUCAGUGUGAGCUCAGCCUCAGCCUGCACAAACACGGUGGCUGCCAGACACCUCCCUACACCCAGCUCUUAGCCGUUUAUAUGGUCUGUCAAUCACAGAGACGGGAGGCACAUCAAUCCUCCUGGAAGGAAUCGCGAGCACAUUUUGACAAGGAGACAGCUCUCGUCACUUUAAAGACGUGUUACAGACACAGACAGCAGAGGCCAGAGUGAGGGAGGGAGGUGGGGGGGGCUGGAACUGGAAUUAUGUUAGGAAUCAGGGAAUUGUACUUACGCUCAUACCAAACGAGUGUCUAACUCAUCUAAACCUGGAUGAUUCUGAAUAGAGUACUGGGAUAAAAGCCAUGUACACAAGAGCAAAACCUAAUAAAAAGACCAUCAGUCACCACUAGAGAUCGUCUUGCUCUAAGGCACCCACUCUUCCAACACAGAUAAAAUAGAUAAAUACAAUAGAUAACUGUUGGGGAAAAACAACAAACAUCACCAGAAGAAAUUGUAAAAUGCUGCUGUUUUCUCAUUAACAGAUGAUUAUUUUAAUCCAAACGUAAACAGAUAUUUCUGAAUUAAACACAUUUUUUAAACUGAUACUGUAGUCACAUUAGAUAAUAUAUCAAUUGAACCAAGGAUAAAAUUCAUGAAUAAAUAAAGAUAAAAAACAUUUAACAGAUGGACAGAAAGUGAGCAGAGCUUUAAACCACUGGCAUCUUCCAAGUGAAAACACUGCCCCCUACUGUUAAACUGUGUAGCAUAAUUUCCAUGUAGCUCACACAAAAUCGUCAAAUAAAAUAAAAAGUAUGGCAUAAAUGCA